AUGUCACUGGCGCAGCGGUAUCAUAAAGUGAUACUGACCGUCGCAGCCAUUGUAGUUAUCCCAUCCGCUAUCUAUGGCGGUGUGGUUCUCCGUGACAGAAUCAGUGCUCCGACCGAUUAUGCCCAAAGCCUAGCUGCUGUCCAUACAGUGCCGGCAUCUGUCUCUAAUGACCGUCGUAAAUUGAUUCAAGACGAGUUACAACAGCUCUUGGCCGAAAGAGAGGAGGUACAACAUAAAAUCGAUGAGGUUAAGGCUAGAAUGGCAAAGUAA